UUUCUCUGUUCCCCAAUGUCUUCUGUUAUCUGGGUGGUCCUUUUAUACGGGUUACCCCAGAUCUCUAUUGCUUCAGAUGAGAACAGAUAUGAACUUCUGGAAGAAGCUUGGAGAAAGGGCUUGCCUUUCGCCCAGUGGGACAGGCUGACAGUGGUUGCCUGGCUGGAGCUCUGGCUAGGAAUGCCAGCUUGGUAUGUUGCUGCCUGCCAUGCCAAUGUGAAGAGUGGAGCUAUUACGUCUGCUUUGUCCAAUACCAAGAUUCAAAGAGAAAUUGGAAUCAGCAAUCCUCGUCAUCUCUUAAAACUUCUAUUAGCAAUCCAGGAGAUGGUAUCACUCAAAAGUCCAUCAGCACCUCCAACAUCCAGAACAGUGAGUUCUGUUCAGCUAGCUUCUUCUUUCCCACUUCACUCUGCAGGAGUCUGCAGAAAGGCUUUUGUAGUUAGAGAGUGACUCUGGUAACACACAAUUCACAAUCACUGUGAACUGUCCUCUAAAGAGUUGGAAGUACUUGUUCAUCAAUCACUCAAUUGUUGAUCGCUGAUAUUUUUCCUUUAGUGGAUACCUUUUUUUUUUUAAAGAUGUGCUUUUGAUUAACCUUGAUGUUAUUUAAAUGAUCAGUAUUGAGCACCUUAUUUGUAAUUUUACCUGCCUUUCUCUUCCUUCAGGUCAAAUCUCCCAACCAAAUCAGAUUGUGUUUCUCUUCUUUUGUUGUUUAUCAUAUUUUUGUUUGCGGGGUGGGCUAAGGCAGGAGAGGGAAGAGGUUAUGUAGGAAUACAACUAUUACGAAUCUUGUUCAC